AUGAUAAUAUCGAGCGGCACAACGUGCCAGAAUCAUCGUUCGGGCUCGUCCUCGAUUCCACCGACCUCUCCUUUCCGGAAGGAGCUUAAGGGCGGGGCCACGAGAACGAAGAAAUUCGUCAAGCUGGCGCCGUUCAAGCUCCGUUUCUCGAAGAUGCUGAAAUCGCGCAGUUCCGGCGAUAGUCGCAGCAACAGCGUGGAAUCCGAGGAACAGCAGCGGCAAAUUAAUCAGUCGUUGCCGUCAGGUACAGACGAGUUUGCGGAUGCACCCGAGACGGAAACGGACAAGAAUUGUUUGUCGGUUAGAAACGAGCAAACAAUUCCCAGCUCACCUCCACCCUCGUACGAACACGUUCUCGAAGAGACACGAAUGGAAUCAUCGGCCAUUGCACUACGAGAAGCAAAGGAGAGAAAUAUGGAAAAGCAGGUUUCCAGUAAUGAAAAAAAUACGGAGGACGUUGACGACGGUGAUGGAGGUGACGAUGGCAGUGGCGGCCCAAGAGGUGCGGACAAAAAAGCCAAAAAGAUACUCCAUAAAUCGAGCAAAGAAUUCUACAAGGCGAUGGCAAAGCAGUGGGGCAUAACUUGCAAAAUGAGUGAUCAUUGCAGAUGUUUGGAUUGCCAGAGCCAUUACUUCGACUGUGACUACGAAAAGGACGAGCAAGCGAAGGGCGAUGGCGGUCUUAGCGCCGGUACGCCGAUGUUCAUCUCCGAGGUGAUGCAUGGCACCGCCUGCGCCCUUCUUUAAAUCGCCC